AUCUGCUGUGUCUCUGUGCCCCUGCCUGAACAUUUAGAUUCUCAGGGUCAAGAAGAAAUCAUCCAGGAUAUCGCCAGGCAGCUCGCCGAAAUAGGGGACAAUAUGGAUCGCAGCAUCCACCCAGGACUGGUGAAUAACCUGGCAAUGCAGUUUAUGAAUGUGAACCUAUCGGAAGAAGACAGAAGGAGGUACCUCGCCACUGCGCUGGAGCGGAUCAUGCAGACUUACCCUACGGACAUGGAGGAGGAGAAGACCAUGCUGAUGUUGGUCAUGCUCUUGGCCAAAAAGGUGGCCGAUCACACACCAUCCUUGCUCCGUGAUGUCUUUCGCACAACAGUGAACUUUAUUAACCAGAACCUGUUCACCUAUGUGAGGAACUUAGUCAGAAAUGAGAUGGACUGAGUGGACACCUCUGCCAAAGCACGACUGGUUAAAACUUGAUAUGGUGACAACAGUACAGCUGCCUCCAGCUGAGACGGAGCCACAGCAAUUUAAACAAAGUUCUUAGAAAAGACAGGCGUGAGAUAAUAGCUAUUUAUUUCUCUUUUAAAGAUGAUGUUUUAAGCCGGUGAUCCGUUUAGACAUCUUUACAUUAACAUACUUGAAUGAAAAUGUCAACUUGCACAUAUUUGAGUUUCAUACCAUCUUCUAAAUCUACUACACAUUGUGCCCUUAUUUCUUUUGUACUUCACUUGAAAAUUAAAUUUAAGAACAGAUUGUAAGGCAGAAGAAAAAAACAAUGUUUUUUUUGUUUAAAAAAAUGCCAACUUUACUGUUUAUUAAAGUGCAACCUUGGGGCAUGGUCUUACAGCAGGCAAGAUCGUGUUUUGAGGAGAGCAAGGACUGGAGACGGAUGCACAUACCCUCACAAAUGAAAAACUCCUUUCAAAAUAGGGAACAUAAAAACCAAACAGUACAAGAGGUUCUGGACUAAAGUUCUCUACUCAAUGGGAAAAUCAGGCCUCAGAACAUGCAAUUUUUUUUUUCAACUUGAUUUCCUUUUAUUGAGUCAGGGAGAACCAUAGGCAAUUAAAAGGUGUGGUGGGAUUUAAGGGCCCAAGUCAACCACAGUUUCCAAAAUCAGGUAACUCAGUGCAUUUUUUUCUCUUUCCAAGAAGUCAGAGCUUUACUAAAAAUGUUAGCCUGAUGGAAUACCAGAGGCUACUGCAUACAUCCCAUGGGGAAAUAGGUUAAUAAUCUUACGUAUUCAUUUGCCUCCCGUAUUCCUCAGCUGAUCUUGCCCAAGAAGCUACAUCUAAAGAAAAGAGGCUUUCUAGGCAUAAAAGAUGAAAGAACAGUUAGAUUUUUAAAAAUUCAACGCUUGAGGUGGUUCCCUUUCUUGGGGACACAGAAUGCAAGUAAUACCAAAAUAAGUCAUUUGGGAAGUGCCAGAAUAAACCAGGGAGAGCUUACAUUUAGAAAGAGUGCAACAGGGGCGCCUGGGUGGCUCAGUCGUUAAG